GUAGGUUAAAACGUUCAAUAUGUUUAAUGUAACAAAAAUCAGCUUUUUUCUAAUAUUUACUACAACUAUACAAUGCUUGGACGAUUGUAACAAAAACUAUUUCAAAAAUGCCAUAACAUCGUAUGGUAAACGUAAGGGAUACGAUGAGUACAGAAUAUUUUUAGAGGAAGAAAUUAGCACUGUGUAUUCUAUGAAAGUGACUGGUGAAAAUAUAAAGCAUCUGUGUAGAAAUGAAAUUCCUGAAGCUAUACUAAAAGCCGAUCUACAAAACAUUGGAUUGUCCUACAUAGAAGUAAACUUUCUUCAAAACACCACCUUAAGAAUGUUAAACUUGAGCUUCAAUAGUAUUUUUAAGGUUAGAAACAAUGUGUUUAGUGAUUCCAAGUUGGUACUACUGGAUUUAAGUCAUAACAUUGUGGAGAUUUUAGAGGGGAAAGCCUUUGAAAAUAUGCCUUUCUUGGAGGGAAUCAUCUUGGAUUAUAAUAGAAUAUCCAAAUGGGAUUCCAACUGGUUUAAAAACACCAAUCUUCACCUUGUAUCAUUGAAGAAUAAUAUAAUUGCAGAGUUGCCUAGAAAUGCCACCCAAAAUUUAAAAGGCCAUACAGACAAAUAUCUAUACAUUCUUCUAUUGAAAAUAUACCUUGAUAACAACCGAAUUAAAUACAUACACCCUGAAGCCUUUACAAACCUAAACAAGAUGGGAAUCAUAUCUCUAACGUACAACAAACUAUUUGAGUUGUCAAGUAAAACUUUUGAAAGUGUGUACUCCAUAGGAUAUAUGGAUGUAAGCCACAAUAAUUUUAUAUGUUUCUCUAGUCAGUCUUUAACCACUUUUAAUAAUGUUAGAACUUUGGUUAUUGCAAAUAAUAGGUUGAAUGAUGAAUGUCGAAAACAAAUGAUGAGGUUUUUCGAAAAUAAAAUGGAUGUCAUCAUUUUUUAAUAAAUUUUUGUACCAUUAAAAAAUAUAUUUUUUGUAUUUACCAAUAAAAAGCUGAGAUUUGAGUAAAUUUAAGAUGUGG